AUGGAUGUGACACGAAUAACUCUGUUGAAACUUGCCCAAGAACCGAACAACUCGUUUUGUGCGGACUGUGGAACUUCAGAACCACGAUGGGCCUCGUGGAAUCUAGGGGUCUUCAUUUGCAUGCGUUGUGCUGCAAUCCAUCGGAAAAUGGGAACACACAUUUCGAAAACUUUUGUAAAUAGUGGCUGUAACGCACGAGCCAGAAGGUUAUACGAAGCCCUUCUGCCGGACAGCUAUAUUCGACCUCAGUCCGAUUCAGCAUUGGAAAAUUUCAUUCGUGCCAAAUAUGAGCAACGAAAAUUUUAUCAACCUCCGAUUCCGACAACACAAUCCAAACCCAUGGAGACCGUACCGGUUUCCGAAACUCCAGUGAAAUCCCACACUGGUAAAACUGACUGUUCCUCACCAACUCGAUCGAAAUUCGCGUUUUUAGAUCUCAUUGACCUGGGAAUGAAUAGUUCAUCCAGUUCGACUUCCCGAGAUGGUACCUGGAGUAGUUCGAACACUGAUCUCCUUUUGUGCUUCAAUGAUCCUUCUGAAUCGUAUCCAAGACGAGCGGAUAACCCUAUCCCGGCCUCCGAUCUGGUCGGGGUGCACAAACCGCCACAAUCUCUAAUACCUCCCCCUCCUCCGCAGUCCACAUUUCACUCACUGUCCUACUCGACAAUACCGUUUCAGGGAGUGAACAUGUUUCACCGGCAACCGCCUCAGCAGCAGCGCAACUCCAACUACCUCAAUCAGGUUACGGAACAGCUGGCCGCCAUCAAAGCUCAAAUGCAAUCUGGUCGGACGUCUUCCUGA